CUGAACUGAAAACCAUUCUCACCUCCACCAUGAAGAGUUUCCGUGCGAUCCGAAGCAGGCACAGUAAGUCCAGGGCUAUCCUGCAUUUAACCCUGGCCGUGGUGGUUCUAUGCUUGAUCAAACUACUUUUCGCCUACCGUACGUCAGAAGCCAAUAUGCACAGGGGACAUCGGCCCCAACCCGUCAUAGGCAAAGUGACAAUGAUAUACGGCAACCACACGGUUUAUGAAAGAGCACUGGAUACGCACAGAGAGCAUGGCCGUCGACUAGGUUACCCGCUUACUGUCCUACGGAAGCCUAUCCUGGAUGGUGUGUGGAACAAGUGUGCAAUCCUUCUGUCCAUGCUCCUGCAGGAGUUGGAGAAGCCGGAAGGUCAGAGACUGGAGUGGUUGUUCUGGUUUGACAGUGACACAGUGCUCAUGAACCCUAACAUGCCGCUGGAGACCUUUCUACCCCCAUCUCAUCUGUCCAAUGUCCACUUGCUUCUUACAAAAGACUGGAACGGAGUGAACAACGGCGUCUUUCCGAUCAGAGUCCAUCCAUGGUCCGUUGAACUACUUUCAGCCGUUCUCUCCUAUCCAACCAUGAAUCCGGACGUUGAUCUCUUCUGGCAUGAGCAGUCGGCCAUGAGCAAUAUCUUAGAAGAAAGCAAAUAUUUCGCUGAUUCUGUUGUGUUUUGCCCAUUGCGCUGGUUUAAUGCCUACAUGAGACAUCCAAACGGAGAAGAUCUAAACCCUGACUCUCCUGCGGAUCUUCAGGUACAUCCUGGUGAUCUCCUUGUUCAUUUUCCAGGAACACCCCGUGAUAAGCUGGAGGAGACACUUGGGCCCUAUCUUGCGAUCGCCCAGGCACAUCGAGAAAAGUGGGAGCCGCGUCUGGAGAGUACGGGGUAUAUGGAGGAGACGAGGAAAUUCUGGGAGAAGAUACAGCGAGAGCCUCGUUGAAAUGAUGUAUAGUAUAUACGCCUGGCACAGAUCUGCGUAAAUGGCAUUAACUUGACCAUAAGUCUUUUGGCACUCCUGGAAUAAGCAGAAAGAAGCUAUAGAAGCUGCAAGUCAACAGCCAUCAUGAGAUAUAGUUUGAAGGCAAUUUUUGUGAUUGCAAAGUCAAUGUGGUUCUAGAAAUUCCAAGAUAUAUCCCUGACAUAUAUAUCCAAAUACAAGCGUUGCACAAGAAAAAAAAAAAAAAAAAACACCUGAAAUGCAUACUUAUAUCUUCUCCAAACCUCAUGCUUCAUGCCUCGGAACUUUCGUACCCCCAACUCCAGGCGGAGAAGCUGGAGUAACCCGAAAAGACGGUUCCCCUGCACUGUUCUGAAAUCCCACCUUUUCUAUCAUGUCCGUGAAAUUCACCUCAGGCAUCUUUACUCGAUCUUGAGGUUUUACAAAAUGUAUAGAGCCCGGACCGGAGCGUACCAUGCCCGGUGGGGUAUAUACCCUUAUAUUCCCCGUGCUUGAUUGUCUCCGUAACAUGACGCUUUGCGGAGGUGUGACUGGGAAAGGGGGUAAGUUCUUCAUCGUAUUCGAAGGUGGCGGUGGUUUUCGACUGGGACCAAGUACGCUUUUCACCCGAGAUGUUGUACGACUUAGUCUGGAUUGCCGCGGUUCGCAUUUUCGUUGGACACGUAGGAAAUCUGUGCGGCAGGAAGCAUCUCCCGAUGGAAUGGGCCCAGAGAUGUUAACAGCGACUCCGUCGACUGAUCGCUUAGUGGAGCGUGAAGCAUUGUGAGUGGGUAAAGACUGCUUCUUCGGCCGCUUCCUCAGACAGUAGAAUGCAAUGAACGCUCCUGCGGCUCCCGCAAUAGCGCCGGGAAAGAAGCCAGCUGCGACGGCCUUGGCCGGAAAGGAAGGGCAUAUAGAUUUUAUAUCAUCCAAGGACGAGGCAGGCACUGAAGAAGAGGACGAGGACAUAGAACCGGGUAUUACAAGACUCGAAGCCGUCAAAGUUGAAGUCGUAGAAGGAGAAUCCAGCCCCAAAGUUAAGGUUGCAUUAAAACUGGAAGCUUUA